AUAAAAUAUAAACCCUAAAACCUCUGCAAGAGUCGCUUCUCUCUCUCUCUUGCUCGUUUACUCUUAGCAGUUGUUUCUUCUACACCAGCACACUUGUCUGCGGGCGUCAGGAAGAGGGCUCUUGGAGCCCUUUUUGCUCUGUUUUCUGUUCUGUUCUGUUCUUGAGAACUUGGACGUUUUACAGAAGAGCGGUUUGGCUUGAGGGUUUUUUGGGAGUUGAAUUUCAGGGUCUGUAUUUCAAUGGUUAAUGCUCAAUCUCCAAAGGUGAACAAUUCUCUUCAUCACCUGGAGUUGCCCACCAUGAAUAUUGGUGAUAGCGUAGUGACGAAGAAGCUGAGGAUAAAAAUUUCUUCCAAGGGGAUGCGAACUGAACCUAGGGGAAGCUCUGAGAUGAGUAUAAAGGUGAAACUACCUAUGCAGCCCGACUCUAAGAAACGUGAACCUCCGUUGGUGAUCGACAAUGGAAGAGAGAAAAGGCGGAAAAUGGACCGGAGUGUAAAGCAGCAAUGCGUUAACAUUCUGAAAGUCCUGAUGGUUCAUCCUAGUGGGUGGCCCUUCCUUGUACCAGUGGAUCCAAUCCAAUAUAACAUUCCUGACUACUUCACUAUAAUUAGAAAACCAAUGGAUUUGGGAACAGUCAAAGCUAAAUUGGAUGGCAAUCUCUACUUUGAUGUCGAUGAAUUUGCUGCUGAUGUGAGGUUGACGUUUGCAAAUGCCAUGAAGUAUAAUCCUCCUAAUAAUGAUUUUCACCUCAUGGCUAAGAGGUUAGACAAUAUUUUUAAUCAGAGAUGGAAGUCGUUGGAAGUUAAGUGGAAAGCAGAGAGCAAAAAACUCAGUCAGGAUUGUGUUUCAAGUGGUAAAGAAAAUCACUCUAAGAAUACAAGGGAGACUUUCUUUAAGAAAUCUGCACAAUGUGCUAACGGUCUGAACAAGAGGCCAAUGCCUUUGGAGGAGAAGCAAAAGCUGAAGAAAGAACUUGUUGAUUUACUUGGGGGAAAUGUUAUCAAGAACAUGCAGAAUGCUCUCCAAAAGUUUGGGUUGAUGGGUCUUAAAGAAGAGAAGGUUAACCUGGACCUGGACAAGUAUGAUGAUGACACACUAUUGGAGUUAAAGAAGGUGGUUAGAGCGUAUUCCAAUUUAACUACAGAUAAGGCAGAGCCCGCUAGCGUGAAACAAAGUGGUGGGUGUCUGUCAUCCAUGGAGUCGGUCCCUAAAGAUAGUAGCACAAGUUCUAUUUGCUCUGUCAAUACCAAGCGACAAGCAAACAUUGUUGCUUGCCACCUUCAAGGUGUUGAUACCCAAGCUCUUCCUAGGAAUUUUCCAACAAAAAGUAAGCUAGAUCGAGAUUAUUCGGGUGUUGCCAAAAGGGAAAGAGAAGUGACAAACUCAUUGGCAUCAGUUCCAUGUAGAACUGAUUUGAACCCUCAUGAUGGUCGAGGUAGCCUUCAUGAAGAAAACCCAUGUUCUAGUCCAGGUAGAUCUACAUGUGCUUCCGCUGUUCCAUAUGGUGAAGGUUGGGAUCCUCUUAUGAACUUGGAUCUUUCCCCGAGCAAGGCGCUACGUGCUGCAAUGCUAAAGAGUCGAUUUGCUGACACCAUCAUCAAAGCGAAACAGAAAUCGCUUCCAGUUGAUUGUGAUAAGGCUGAUUUGCAUAGAAUGCAACUGGAAAGAGCACAACUGGAAAAGCAGCAGCUCGAAGAGAAAGCCCGUAUUGAGGCAGAACUUAAAGCUGCUGAAGUUGCCUCUCGGAGGAAAGCAGAGGCUGAGUUAAAGUUGCAGCGGGAGAGACAAAGGGAAGCUGCUCGGAUUGCUCUUCAAAAGAUGGAAAGAACAGUUGAAUUUGAAGACAAUUUGAAGAUACUAAGAGAUCUAGAGAAACUAUGUAAAUGUUGUUCAGAAGCCGAGAAUUUGAGUGGUAAUGGAGAUGGAUUCACUAUCAUAUUGGGGGAGAACCCUCUGGAAAGGCUUGGCUUAUGCAUCAAAGAGGACUACUUAUAUGAUGAUGAAGAUGAAGAUGCAAUAUUGAGUGGUGCUGGAGAUUGGGAAGAUGGAGAGAUCUUGUGAUAAUAGCGCAUUUUUGUGAAACGUUUCUUGUUUAUACUAGCCUGCUUCUCCUUGUCUAUAUGCACCCUUUUAAUCUCACCCUUAAUCCAGUUUCAUAGGAGAGUUAAUGUAAUAACUGCAUAUAUCUGAUUUUUUUUUUCAGUUUGUGGUAUUAUACCAACUGGUAGGGAUUUAUUACUCAUAAUAAACCAAGCAUUCAGAAAAAUAAUCCCAGGUGUAUUAUAA